AUGUGUGAUAAUUUAGUGAAUAAUGAAUCAGAAAUUCAACGAAUUUUAAGUAUACCUAUUGAAAGCGACUAUGAGUUUGCUGAUAUUGGUCUAAGUGAUGACGAAAAUUUUGAAUUUCCCGAAUUAUUUGAAAAUGACGACCGCAUUUUAAAUGAAACUUUAGACGAUGCUGAUAAUAUACUGAAUUAUCCCGUGUAUUUUUCUGAAGAAAAAACGUCACAAUCCCCUAUUGUCAUUCAAAUUCCAUUAGAUGUACAAUCUUUGCCAACAGAAUCUGUUUCACCAUCUUCGUCAUUUGUUUCACAAAUACCUAUAAGUAGAAACCGUAGAUCCACAAGAAAACUAAUUGCUUCUAAUAAUCCUAAAACAAAAAAUAUACCAAAAAUAAAAAAGGUGGACCCGAUUUGGAGAAAAGGAAAUUUUUCACAGAAUCCCGAGUUUAUAAAAUUUUUUGGGGAAAAGCCAAUGCCUGACGAAAUAAAAGAAAUGAAAUCACCUAAAGAAUUUUUUUCUUAUUUUUUUGAUAACGAGUUAUUAGCACAUAUUGCCGAACAGUCUACACUUUAUAGUACUCAACAAAAUCCCGAAAAACUAAAUAAAAUAACGAUAAACGACGUACGACAUUUUUUGGGCAUAAUUACAAUGAUGUCAAUCGUCCAUCUACCAAAUACGAGGUCAUAUUGGUCAGAAAAUACUCAUAAUAAAAUAAUAAGAAAUUGCAUGAGUGUAAAUGUGUUUGAAAAUAUUAGGCGGUAUAUGCAUUUUAACGACAACACUUUAGAUUUACCUAGAGAUAAUCCAAAUCGUGACAGGGUUUUUAAAGUUCGGCCACUUAUUGACACACUCAAUAAAAAGUUUAGUUCUGUACCUAUCGAAGAAAACUUAUCAUUAGAUGAGCAAUUGUGUCCAACUAAAGCUGUAUCAUAUCUCAAACAGUAUCUCCCUCUGAAGCCUCAUAAAUGGGGGUACAAAUUAUUUGUUUUAUGUGGUGUUUCUGGCUACGGUUAUAACUUUGAAAUUUACACGGGAAAUGAAAAUAAGGAAGACGAACGAAUUAUACACAAUGAACCAGAUUUUGGAGCUACAGGCAACAUUGUUGUGAGAAUGACUAGAAUGGUGCCGGAAAAUGUGCACCAUAAAAAAAAAGGCAUUCACACAGUUGGCACAUUUAGACGUAAUCGUUUUCCAAACGUCUGUUUGACAGAUGAUCGUUUAUUGAUGAAAAAAGAUCGUGGAUAUUCUGAAGAGUGUUUCACAGUGGUUGAAGAUGUCCCUAUUUCAGCUGUUGCAUGGAAAGACAACAAGGUAGUACACGUAUCCUCAACUUUUGUAGGUGAACUCGAAAAAAAUGUAGUGAGUAGAUUUGACAAAAAAAAAAAGACCACCGUUAUUGUACCUAGGCCGAAAAUCAUUGAAGUUUACAAUAAACAUAUGGGUGGGGUUGACCUUAUGGAUUCUAUGAUUGGGCGCUAUAGAAUAAUAAUGAGGUCUAAGAAAUGGUACAUGAAAUUUUUUUACCAUUUGGUUGAUAUGUCGAUUGUAAACGCGUGGAUGUUGUAUAAAAAAAUUACAAAAAAACCAAUGAAACUAGCUCAAUUUCGAGAGCAAUUAGCUGUGGAACUUUGUCAAACAGAAAUGGAAAUAAAAAAAAAAGGCAGAAAAACAAAGGAAUCGUUGGAAAAACAAAUGCUGGAGGAGCUUGAAAAAAGAAAAAAAAGGACACCAACUGCAAUUAUUCCAUCAACCCAAAUACGUUUGGAUGGGCAUCAACACAGAAUACAAUUUGAGAAAAUUCGACGAGUAUGUAAACUACCAAAAUGUAAAUUUCAAUCAUUCGCUAAGUGUACUAAAUGCGAUGUUUUUUUAUGUUGUAAUAAAGAAAGAAAUUGCUUCGAUUUAUUUCAUUAUACCUAA